CGGCUCUAAUUGGAAACAACAGCUGUCGGUACCGUCACCGAGAUGUGUUCUUAUCCAUUGGAAGCUCUAUAAAAGAACCGCAAUCCCCGUAUCGAUGUUUGUUUAUCAGAUCCAAACUAAACGCUUUUUGAGAUCCCCUUCUCUGUGAAAAAGCAUAAGAUGCAGAUCUUCGUUAAAACGCUCACUGGCAAGACAAUCACCCUUGAGGUUGAGUCUUCUGAUACCAUCGACAACGUAAAAGCAAAGAUCCAGGACAAGGAGGGGAUCCCCCCUGACCAACAAAGAUUAAUCUUUGCCGGCAAGCAACUCGAGGACGGCAGGACCCUUGCCGAUUACAACAUCCAGAAAGAGUCCACCCUACACCUUGUGCUCCGUCUCCGCGGUGGCAUGCAGAUCUUUGUCAAGACCCUAACCGGAAAGACCAUCACACUUGAGGUGGAAUCCUCUGACACCAUUGACAACGUCAAAGCCAAGAUCCAGGACAAGGAGGGUAUUCCGCCGGACCAGCAAAGGUUGAUCUUUGCCGGGAAGCAACUUGAGGACGGCCGCACCCUCGCCGACUACAACAUCCAGAAAGAAUCUACCCUUCACCUUGUGCUCCGUCUCCGAGGCGGUAUGCAGAUCUUUGUCAAAACCCUGACCGGCAAAACCAUCACUCUCGAGGUGGAGAGCUCUGACACAAUCGACAACGUUAAAGCUAAGAUUCAAGAUAAGGAGGGCAUUCCUCCAGAUCAGCAAAGGUUGAUCUUUGCCGGCAAGCAGCUGGAGGACGGCCGCACUUUGGCCGACUACAACAUCCAGAAGGAAUCUACCCUUCACCUUGUGCUCCGUCUCCGCGGUGGCAUGCAGAUCUUUGUGAAAACCUUGACCGGUAAGACCAUCACUCUCGAGGUGGAGAGCUCGGAUACCAUCGACAACGUGAAGGCUAAGAUCCAGGACAAGGAGGGAAUUCCCCCCGACCAGCAAAGGCUGAUCUUCGCUGGAAAGCAGCUUGAAGAUGGUCGCACCCUGGCCGAUUACAACAUCCAGAAGGAGUCCACCCUUCACUUGGUGUUGAGGCUGAGGGGAGGGAUGCAAAUCUUCGUCAAGACCCUCACCGGCAAGACUAUUACUUUGGAGGUGGAGAGCUCGGACACGAUCGAUAACGUGAAGGCGAAAAUUCAGGACAAAGAGGGGAUCCCGCCGGACCAGCAGAGGCUCAUAUUUGCAGGGAAGCAGCUGGAGGACGGACGCACCCUCGCUGACUACAAUAUCCAGAAGGAAUCUACCCUUCACCUGGUUCUCCGCCUCCGUGGGGGUCAGUGAACUCUUGCUUGGCUGCGUAUUCUGCCCUGAAGUCAUGGUGUCUAGUUCGAGUCGUGUGGUGUCGCAUGAAUAAUACAGUCUUGUGUUCGAGUCCCAAGAAAGAAACCUUGAAACCUCAAGGUAUGACGCUGUUGUUUGCCUCGUCUUUGUUCGUUUUGGAGUCUGGUUGAAUGUUAAAACACUAUCAUUGUCGUAGUGUCUAAAAUGCAGUUCUGAAUUACGUAUUUCUUUUCUGAAA